GGUAUUUAUCCGCAUGAACCAGCUCACAAGAAAAAGGUCAACAAGGGGUCUACUGAAAACAGAGUCUGGUAUUAUCGGAAGGACAUUAACUUCCUUGCUCAUGAGCCGAUAAUCAACAAAUUUCGCGACUAUAAGGUUUUCCUGAGGAAGCUCAACCAUUACAAAGCAAAAAAGGACGAGUCGAAGGUCAAGAAGAUAUAUGCUAACAAGCCAGAGUAUGAAUUGGAUCGAAUGGUCAAGGAAAGGUAUCCUACCUUUGGAUCAGCUAUACGUGAUCUCGACGAUGCACUGUGUUUGUGCUUUGCUUUCGCAACGCUUCCUCAUACUCGAAUCCUUAAGGAGGGGCUUAUUGAUAGUUGCCGACGGCUUACAGCUGAAUUCAUGCAUUAUGUGAUCGAAGCACAUGCCUUGAAGAACACAUUUAUUUCCAUAAAAGGUAUCUACUACCAAGCGGAAAUAUGUGGUGAAAAGGUUACCUGGAUAGUUCCUCAUGAACGCGGAUUACCACAUGUUACCGAUGUGGACUUCACAGUCAUGGUGACAUUUGCUGAGUUCUAUGUUGCUAUGCUUGGUUUUGUGAAUUACCGUCUAUACCAAAUGGUUGGACUUUACUACCCACCUCAGAUACAGACUGGACAAAAUAUGGUUGCGGCAGAUGAUUCUGAUGACGAAGAACGAGUAGAGAAGAUAUACAGCUUAGCGAGGCCUUUAGCUAAACGAACAGGCACAGAAAAUGAAAAAGAGGACGAGGAAGCCGUGGAAAUGUUUGGUGACGAUGACAAUGCCCUUGCCGAGAAAGUGAAAGAGUCAAAACUUAUCAAGAAUCUUUUCAAGGGACUUGUAUUUUUCCUCAAUAGAGAGACACCUAAAGAAGCGUUAACAUUGAUCAUUCGGAAUUGCGGUGGUACGGUUGGGUGGAGUGGAGGUCCUACUAAUCUAGAAGAGUCAAACUCAUCUAUCACACAUCAUAUUGUUGACCGACCGAUGUCAAAAUUCGAUGUCAAUCGAAGGUAUAUCCAGCCGCAGUGGGUGUUCGACUGUUUGAAUGCGCGUCGAAGAUUGCCAACAGAGAAAUAUAUGGUGGGUGUUCAGCUACCACCACAUUUCUCACCUUUCACAAAGGAUAAACCUGGAGAUUACGUGCCCUUGGAAAGACUGGAAGAGUUAAGAAGCAUCGGGCAAGACGUGUCUGCUCUUGUUGCAAGCGAACCAGCUUUGCCACCUAAACCAAAGGCCAAAAAGGUUAAGAAGGCAGAAGAGCAACCUCAGGGCAUGAGAGCUUCACUGGGCAAGAUGCAUAAGAAGAACAAGCAACUUGAAGUGAAUGAGCAGCACGCUGGAGUGAAAAUGCGUGAAAUUAUGAUGCCGAAGAAGCACAAGCGAGUAUACCAUAGCAUUCGUCAAAAGAUGAAGAAGGACAAGUCUGAAGCUAUCAAAAUCAAGGCCAAACGAGCGAAAAUUGAAGAGUCAGCAACCAGCUAA